AUGGAUGAUAGGACACCUGGUUUUAGGUUCUAUCCAACAGAAGAAGAGUUAGUUUCAUUCUAUCUGCAUAACAAGCUUGAAGGAACUAGACAAGACCUCGACCGGGCUAUACCCGUGGUUGACAUUUAUAAAUACAAUCCAUGGGACCUCCCACGAGAGUUAUGUCAAGGGGAUCCUGAGCAGUGGUUUUUCUUCUUUCCUAGGCAAGAGAGAGAAGUCCAUGGAGGAAGACCUAACCGGCUCACGACUAUAGGAUAUUGGAAAGCCACUGGAUCUCCAGGUUACGUUUACUCCAAUAACCGAAUAAUUGGAGUGAAGAGAACCAUGGUUUUCUACACAGGAAGAGCUCCAGGAGGAAGAAAGACUGAGUGGAAGAUGAAUGAGUACAAGGCCAUUGCAGGAGAAGAUUCUUCAUCAACAAGUGCAGCUCCAAAGGUUUAUAUUAAGUAUAUGUGGGAUUAA